AUGGCGACAGCUGAGUGUGGGAGCAGAGAGGAGAGGUGGAGCCUGGCCGGCGCCACGGCGCUCGUCACCGGCGGGAGCAAAGGGAUCGGGGAGGCCAUCGUGGAGGAGCUCGCCGGGUUCGGGGCGAGGGUGCACACCUGCUCACGGAACGCCGAGGAGCUGGAGGAGUGCCGCCAGCGGUGGCAGGAGAAGGGCAUGCGCGUCACCGUCUCCGUUUGCGACGUCUCCGUGCCCGCCGACAGGGAGAAGCUCAUGGACACGGUCCGACAAACCUUCGACGGCAAGCUCAACGUACUAGUGAACAAUGCAGGGCAACAUUUGGUCAAGCCCACCGUUGAGUGCACGAGGAGUAGAAGAAUGUGA